CUCUUGCUUGUGUGUAUAUUAGGUCGUGUGUAUGUACGGUACAGCAAUUAUAAUAAUAAAAUGGUUAUGGUAGGUAAGACGAACCAAAGAAAAUUCGCCCACCACGACCAACUGUUACAGGGGGAAAAGAGAGAAAGGGGACAAAAAAAAGAUUAGCGUAAAAUGGGAAAUUAGAAGAAAAAAUGAAAAUACAUGUUAUUAGACUAAUCUUUGGUUUCGUUCCGUUUCGUUCAUUCGUCUUUCGUUCAAAAUGUCGUGAUCGUGAAGUGCCAUCACCGUUCGUUUGCCAAAUAAAAAUAAAAAGAAAUGCAACGCCCAAAAAAUGAAAACGAAAACGAAAAUAAACGCCCAAAAAUUUCCCACCCACCCCAUGCUAAGCUUGAUCCGUCCGUUUCCCAAACAAAUGAAAGGCAUGAAUAAAAACAUACUACGGAAUGAAAUAAAGUGGCAAGUAAAUGAAGACAGAAAAGAAAAGAACACGCUAAACGUUUCACGAACAAUCACUCGCAUCCCUCAUUCUUCGCCAGAGAGGAGGGUUUCCAUGCUAGCGCUCAUAUUCCUCCCUGGUGGGACUCUCUUGAGGCCAAGCCCAGUGGUUCUGGGUGCCUUCGGCAGUGGGUAUGGACCGGCUGGCUGUCUCUUUCCUCCACCAACCCUCUGCUUGCCCCUUCCUCCAGGAACCUUCUUCCUUCCCUGCACACCCCUCCCGCUCUUCCUGACCGGCUCGACAAUAACCACCUCCUCAACUUCAAUUUCCGCCGCUGCCUUCCAUUUUGGGGGAAGGCUCCUCUGUCGCUUUGGCGACUCCUCAGCUGGUAAGAUCGUGGGAGAGGUGGAGUACGCUCUCGGGGGGGUGGUAGUCGUUCUGUUACCAGGGCAAUCACGCCACAGUCUUCGUCCUUGACGGGGUUCGUCUUCGGUCAGGUACGAUGUGGGGUGGGUCGGCGAGGAGGAGGCGGAGGAUGGGAGGGGUUGCAGCGCGGCGAUGUUAUCCCUGCGUAACGAGUCGAUGAAUUGCUCCGUUACGUGGAUCGAGCGACGGUAUUUGCCUAUCCCUUCCAUGGGGCCCAGCGGGGGUAGUGGGUAUAGCAAUCGUGAAGUAGUGGUGGCAGUGGGCUUGGUGGAUGGAGCCGGGGCGGGGGGCUUAGUGUCAAUCAGUGCAUCGUAGGAGAUCGGGCUGCGGGUUAUAGAUGUGUGGCGGCGGUACUCGGGCCUUGGCGAUGUGGAGUACGAUGUUGAUGGUCUGGACCGUACGGGUGAGCAGAUGCCCGAUGAUGCGGUCGAUGAUGUGGAGGAUGUGGAGGAAGAGGAUAGUGAUGGGGUCAUGGCCUCCGAUCGUGGGGUUGUCGGGGUGUUGUAUGGUGUUGCGGGUACCUCCGGGAAUGAAGACUUGCACACAGUCUUUUCCCACACGGCGCGGGAGUGCCGCUCGCGUUGUUCGCGGGUAAGCACCCAGUUGAACAACUUGUCUAGAAGACCCAUUUUCGCUUCGAAUUCGAUCUAUUUUUUCUACUCCUUUUUAUUUGAAAAAAAAAAAGGGACGUUCCUGGAUAUAUAUAUAUAUAUAUAUAUAUAUAUUUGCGUUGCGUUGCGCGGACACGGUGGCUUUCGGAAGGGUGGGUAGCACCCGUUGUUCUGCGUUGCGUUGGAAUAGUAGCUUUUGUAGAGGUGGUGUGGGAUAAAGUGUGGGUGUAGUAGUCGUAGCGGUUGUGUCGGUAAGGUUCGUUGUAGAUCAGGGUUCACUUCUCCUUCUUGUAGGGAUAUUCGAAGGGUCUUGGUCGACUGUUGCGGCCUUUAGGCAUUGAGGAAUUAAUAUGCUAGUUUUUGCAGACCACCAAAAAGGGUAGAAGGAGAAUAUGACGAUUUUCUCUCCGGCAAAUAAAGCAAAGAGGAACCAGGUAGACAGUGAGGAAGAGAAGGAAAAAAAAAAAAGGUUCCUCUAUCCUUUAUUUAAGGUGGGGGGAGGGGGGAGGGGGGAAGAAUGAAAAGGAGGAGUAGUGGGAGAAAAAGAUUGUGCGUAUGGUGGGGUAUUCGCGGGAACCUUUUAAUUCAACUCUCUCUCCCUUUCCCCUUUCUUCUUCUCGUCAGAGGAUGAGGGUGAGAAAUACCAAAGAUUAUAUAUGAAGAGUGGAGAGUUGAUAUUCGAUGAGGAGUAGUGGUAGAAAUUUAAAGGACGAGGGGUGAGUUGAUGUUUAUGUACCGAAGUUUGUUGUUUUUUUCCUUAAAAAAAAAAGAGACGGGGGGGGAAACGUGAGAGGGUGCGAGAUUGUGUGUGAGUGUGAGUGUGUGUUGUGUGGGAGUGUGUGUGUGGGAGUGUGGUGAAUAUUAUGUGUGUGUGAGUUGUGUUGUGAGUCUCCUCCUCCCUCACUCUCGUUGUGGGCUCAGGAGGAGAGGGCAGUGGUACCGGUAUUUACAGUACCGUAGGAUGCGUGAGUUGUGUCCCAGCUCAUCAGUCCCUCGUGUGGGGGGUGGAGAAUAGAGGUAUCAUACUCGCCAGCGGGCCAAAGAGGCGUAAGGACACGCUGACUGGCUUCUCCCCCCUCUCUGACCCGGAGACAUAUGGGCGAUGGAUGGACACAGAAAUGGGGAUGUGAAGAGGGAAGCCUCCGACCGCCACUGCUGCUUCCAGAUCCAAGCCGGACAGCGAAUCCACACAUACCAUGCGGUGUCUGCGUGGGUAUAACGUUACAGUUCACUGGUUAUUGUUCUCUUAACCAUUAUUACAAGUGUUAUUACUAUUAUUAUUAUUAUCACACCCAGUAUAAGGAUGUACGAGUACCUACACUUACCGUACACAUCCCGUACGAGCAUGCACCAGUCUACAGUACUUGUAUACCGCUACCGCUACUUUAGUAAGAUGCCAACUAUUCGUCGCUUCGCUCCCCACUGCCCGCUUCUAUGCUCCUCACGUCCAACUAGCCGAAGAAGAAGUGAAGGAGUCCCGGAAUCUCGAUAUCCCUCGGCUAUCGACGAAACAUCAUCAUCUAACACCCGAAUCCACCCCUCCCCGCCUACAUUUCAUAGACAGCGGGAACGAAAAACACAAGAGGCGGGAUUGCCACUCACACCACCGUACGGCGGAGUGCCGUGCUAGUAGAAGGAAUGGACAAAAAAAAGACGAGAAAAGGAGACAACCAUCAGGAAUCUGUUGCUGGACUGGAGCACAGUACUGUGGUUGAUUCAAUGCACUUGUUGCGCAUUACCCGAAAGCAGGGUGCCCGAGACGACGACCGUAUUCUGUACUCGUAGUGCCGGGGUUGUCUAAGGUUCCUGCAAUGCGAUGCCAGCUCUGCAGUGCCAUAACCAGAACCAGAAUCUGGGGCGAAUCCCAUACAAGAGGACAUAAUCUCGUCCAGAUCACCGAUAAAUUGAAUUUGCAGAUCAAAGCAUACACAGGAAUAUCGUGCUGCACUUGGAAAUUCCAUGUCACCGGAAGAACACGAUGCCGUAACCCAAGAUGGACUACCGGCAUCGUGUUCCUACUACAGUAUUAUCCCCCCACUCUCUGGGGUAGCUGGGGAGGAGAGCUGAGGCUGGAGCUGAAGCCUCCACCUGUCUUCCGACCGCUUUGAUAGACCGGGUGAGAGCCAUCCGGGCUACGAUAACGGUAUCCCGCAUUACUCUCGCUGGCUUCCCUUCUACUGCUCGAGUACGGUGCUGUAUGCUGCAGUGGUCAUGUUGUGGCUAGCUUUCUCGCGCACAACACUUGUGUAUCACCACCACCUUCACGGGCAGCGGCUGUCACACAUCGAAUAGCACCAUUCUAACCACGGAAACUCCAGCCUCCUGCGCUUCACGAGCCUCGGGGAGCUCGAACACGAUCCAUCGCCCAUUCGUUCCCUUACAUCUCCCCAGGAUAACCCCAGUUCCACCCCAAAUCCUGCAAGCAGGAGUGAAAAAAAAAACGAAAAAAAAAAAAGGCUCUUACUCCAUUUGACAGCUCUUCCCUUUUCGCUUUUCCCACUGAAAGGAUUCGCUUCCCUUCCUUGCCUUCUUUUGCUUUUCCUCCCCUCGUCCAUAGCGCGAGCGUACGGUACUUUGUGAAUCCCCUACGUAUCAGAAAGACAUUCCCCCUUCACCGCCGGGGCACGAGUACCGGUGCAAGUACGGCAAUCGAAUUGGGCGGAAUGUAACGAACGGGAGCUCGAGGGUUCGGUAGUUAAGUGCACGUGAUCUGCAUAUGAAGAAUUAUGAUAGGGCUGCAGAGAUGGGAGGUGAAGAAGAAAAAUCCGGCACGGACGGUAGCAGGCCCUACUUCAAGGUUGAUGUGGAAACAAUUCCAUUGUUAGGAGUGGAUUUACCGUCCAGGGUCCAAAAUCACGUCAUUGCACUGGAGCUUUUGCGAGUGAAAAGAUAAAAUUGUUUCUCGCUCCCCGCCCCCUCCGCUUUCUGGGGAAACGAACGAAGGAAGGGACACUCUCUGUCUGCUUCCUCUAUCUAUCCCAAUCCCUCCUUUUUUAGGACUCCUCUAUCAGACGGACCCCAAUCAAUGUCAACGUGAGUAUCAGUUACUUCUCCCCUUUUUCUUGCCACUCCCCCCCCCCGUCUCUCGAUACUCCCUUUCUGUUCUAUUUUAUGCCAUCUCAUGCCACCAAACCCCCGCGGAAAUACGGGAUUUGGGGCUACCGGCGGCGGUAUCUUUGAUAGCGAGGGUAGUUAACCUUUUCGGGUGGGAUCGAUAGGAACAUAACCUGGCAUCCGGGCCUCACCCGCACCGAACGCGAAUCCCUUCGCGGUCAGAAGGGAUUCACAAUCUGGCUUACGGGUCUAAGCGCAUCCGGAAAGAGCACGAUCGCGACUGCUCUGGAACAGCACCUGCUCCAUAACAAUAUUUCCGCGUACAGACUUGAUGGUCAGUGGCCCCUGCUUCUUGUUUCGUUUCGUUUCUCCUUUCUCUCUCACCCUUUUUUCCCGACCCUGUGCCCCUAUUUCAUAUUUCUCAAGUGUCUCUUUCCUUUCUCCCCUCUCACCGUUUGUUAUCGUGAUCCUGUGCGGUGAACGGCGGUUAUGAACAAACUUGCUUUUUUCCUCUCGACCCCCAAUAGACACCUUGCAAUGAGAAAAGAAAAAACAGGCAUCUAGGCAGAAAAAUAUAGUCGGAAUGGCCCGUGAAUCAUUCACUAUGGAACUGACCUGAAAAUAAAAAUAAAAUAAAAAACAGGCGACAACGUUCGUUUCGGUCUGAACAAAGACCUGGGAUUCUCAGAAGGGGACCGGAACGAGAAUAUCAGGAGAAUAGCUGAGGUGCCCUCUCCUCCGACCCUGUGGACGAAUGGGGAGAUUGCCCCCACGACGGUUGGUUUAGCAUGAGCUAAUAAGACCUUUCUCUCCUUCACUGUUUCCUUUUCCUCAGGUAUCGAAGCUAUUCGCAGACUCCUCUACAAUAGCAAUAACAUCCUUUAUCUCACCGUACAUAGAGGACCGAAUCGCAGCACGGGAGCUACACUCUGAAAUACCCUUCAUCGAGGUACACGUCGACAUACCGGUGUCGGUGGCCGAGCAGCGCGAUCCCAAGGGCCUCUACAAGAAGGCCAGGGCCGGGGAGAUCAAGGAUUUCACGGGAAUUUCUGCCCCCUACGAGGCACCCGAGUACCCUGAGAUCAGAGUGCAGACGGAUAAGGUAUCUGUUGAGGAGGCGGUCAAGAUCAUUGUCGACUAUCUGCAGGAGAAGGGGUUGGUGAAGCUGGGAGCGUAAAUUAGAGAUGCACAGUGUGAUACGAGCACCGUACUCGUACAGUACCGCACUGUACCGUAUAUUCCAUGAUUAGAAUUACGAUCCAAUCCAAUCCAC